AUGAAACUAGAUACACCGCUGGAACGGGCUUGCAUCGCCCUCAUAUAUGGCACCAAAAAGCUACGACAUCAUUUACAAGCUCACACCGCGUACCUUAUCUCAAGGCUCGAUCCCAUCAAGUAUAUCUUUGAAAAACUUAUUUUAAGCGAGAGGGUAGCAAGAUGGCAUGCGGUGUUAUCAGAAUUUGAUAUUCAAUGCGUAAACCCAAAGUCCGUGAAAGGAAGAGCCACAUCUGAGGCAUUGGCUGAUGGGCCCAUAUCAGGCGACGAAUCUGAUGAUGAUUUUCCUGAUGAGAACAUAUUCAACAUCAAUAUAUCAAAAUGGAAAACGUACUUUGAUGGGGCAUCCAAUAGAAAAGGAAAUGGCGCUGGAGUAUUAUUGAUAGAUCCCCAUGGGAUACACAUACCUUUUGCUGUGAAACUUAGUUUCCCAACAACAAACAACACCGCCGAAUAUGAAGCUUGUAUCUAUGGAAUCAAAGCAGCCUUAGCAGCAGGGGAAAAACAUCUCACUGUGUAUGGUGAUUCAAACCUGAUCAUAUCCCAGACGAUUGGGCAUGGAGAGUUCGCGAUGAGAGAUUGCAAAUAUGCUUUAGCUAACUUAGCGGUAAAUUUAACUUGGGAAGAGAACGUGAAAAUCCAAUCAGUGACCAUCGUGGAGAAUGAAUUUCCAGUGAUUGAAUUUGAAAACAUUAUUGCCUCACUAAUACAAGAAGAUGGAGAAGAUCCUUGGUAUAUUGAUAUCAAGAAAUUUCUAAUCAACGGACAAUACCCUGAAGGAAGUCACAAGAAAGAUCAAUUAGCCAUUCGAAGACUAGCAGCUCAUUUCAUAAUGUUGAAACAACAAUUGUAUCAUAAAGGUUUUGAUAGAACUCCACAAUUAUGUAUUUAUGGAGAAAAGACACAAAGGGUCAUGGAGGAAGUUCAUGGAGGAGAAUGUGGACCACCCAUGAAUGGGAGGAUGCUUGCUCGGAAAAUUCUUCGGGCUGGAUAUAUACUAGGAAAAAUUACUUUAAAUAAUCCAACCUUUUGA